ACCUGCAGGAUUUGAGCAUGAAGCUGCAGCUGCACAUUUUCCUCCUGGGGCUGCUGCCACUGCUCCUGGGGCAACAAGAGAGCAUCCAGGCCCAUACCUCUCCUGGAGAGAAUACACUGGAAGAGCAGCUGUGUCCAGAGAACCAGAAUUUUCAGUUCCUGUGCGACCUGAAGAAGUCAGGCUCCGACGCGCCUUCUAAGUCGGUCCACUCCCUGAGACCUUCUGAUAUCAAAUUCAUGGCAGGCAUUGGCGAUGUGGAAACUAGACCAGACCCGGGGACAGCCGAUGCAGAGAAGCCGCCAAGGACUCAAACUGGGCCGCAGCAGGCGUGCAUGGGAGUGGUGACAGUCCUUUCAGACAUCAUCAGACACUUCAAUACAUCUGUUCUGAGGCCUGUGUGCCCCCUGGGGGAGAGAGAGGUGCCCCACAGUGGUGCUGAAGACUUGUGGACUCAGGCAAAAGAACUGGUGAAGAGCAUGCAAGAGAACCAGCAACUUGACUUCCAAAAUGACUGGAAACUCAUCAAUGUGUUCUUCACUAACACAAACCAGUGUCACCUGUGUCUCUUCACCCAACAGCAGAGCAACGUGACAGGGGCCAUGGACAAGCUGACCGCAACGCUGGACUACCUGCUGCAGGAGGUCCCUAAAGCAUUUGUGAACCUGGUGGACCUCUCGGAGGUUGUGGGCGUCUCUCCCUGGCGUCAGGGGACCCAGCUCAGCCCUGCAGCAGAGCCCUGUACAUGCUCAGGAGACACCUCGAAGCUGUCCAAGCUUGUGGCACAGUGGGCCUACCAGGAAAGCUGGGAGCAUCUGCUGGCCUCCAGCAAGUACAACGAGCAGGAGUCCUUCGCGGUGGUGUUCCAGCCCUUCUUCUACGAGACAGCCCUGUCUCCACUCUCGGAGGAGUGGCCACUCCAGGAUGCCACCACACUCGCCUUGAAUCUCUGGAACAGCAUGAUGCAGCCAGCAGGACAGAAAGAUGAGCCAUUCCACGCAAAUGAGAGAAGGCUGAUGAAAUGUCCCUCUCAGGAAAACCCCUAUCUGUUCACCUACAGAAACAGCAACUACCUGCCCACGCUGACGAAUCUCCGUGAGAAGUCAGAGGUGAGAGACGGAACGGAAAUCAGGUGCCGUGACAAGGAUCCCUCCGACACCAUUCCCACCUCAGUUCACAGGCUGAAGGCCGCAGACAUCAAGGUGAUCGGCGCCCUGGGGGACUCUCUCACGGCAGGCAAUGGGGCCGGGUCCAAGCCUGGGGACAUCUUGGACGUCUACACUCAGUAUCGAGGUCUGUCCUGGAGCGUCGGCGGAGAUGGGAACCUCAGCACCACCACCACCCUGGCCAACAUCCUCCGGGAAUUCAACCCUUCCCUUAAGGGCUUCUCUGUCGGCACCGGGAAGGAAAGCAGUCCCGGAGCCUUCCUGAACCAGGCUGUGGCGGGAAACGUGGCUGGGCAUUUACCUCUUCAGGCCAGGAGGCUGAUAGAUCUGAUGAAAAAUAGCACUCUGAAGAUAAAUUUUCAAGAAGACUGGAAGAUAAUAACCAUGUUUAUAGGAGGCAAUGACCUCUGUGAUUUCUGCAAGGACCCGGCCCACUAUUCUCCCCAGAACUUCACGGACAACAUUCGGAAGGCCCUGGACAUCCUGCACGCUGAGGUUCCCCGGGCGUUUGUGAACCUGGUAAAGGUGUUGGAGAUCAUCAACCUGAGGGAGCUGUACAAUGAGAAGAAAGUCAGCUGCCCAAGGCUGAUCCUCAGGAAUCUGUGUCCCUGCGUCCUGAGGUCGGAGGAAAACUCAACGGAGCUUGCCGCCCUCAUCGAAGUGAAUAAGAAGUAUCAGGAGGCGACUCACCAGCUGGUUGAGAGUGGGCGAUAUGACACGAGGGAAGAUUUUACGGUGGUCGUGCAGCCGUUCUUUGAAAAAGUGGACAUGCCGAAGACCUCAGAGGGGUUGCCCGACAGCUCUUUCUUUGCUCCCGACUGUUUCCACUUCAGCAGAAAGUCCCACGCCCACGCAGCCAGCGGUCUCUGGACCAAUAUGCUGGAGCCCGUUGGCCAGAAGACAACACGCCAUGAUUUUGAAAGCGAGAUCGAUAUCGUGUGUCCAAACGAGGACUGGCCAUUCCUGAGGACCUACAAGAACAGUGUCCAGGGUCAUGGGAGCCACCUGCUAUGCCAGGACAGAGCCCCUUCUGCCUCACCGCCCACCUCAGUGCACUCCCUGAGACCUGCAGACAUCCAGGUCGUGGCUGCUCUGGGGGACUCUCUGAUCGCUGGCAAUGGAAUUGGCUCCAAACCAGGCGACCUUGCUGAUGUCACCACUCAGUAUCGGGGGCUGUCAUAUAGUGCAGGAGGAGACGGCUCCCUGGAGACCGUGACCACCUUACCGAAUAUCCUUCGGAAGUUUAACAGCUAUCUCACAGGCUACGCACUGGGCACCGGUAGUGCCAACAGCACAAAUGCGUCCCUCAAUCAGGCUGUUCCUGGAGCAAAGGCUGAGGAACUUGCAGGCCAAGUCCAGACUCUGGUACAGAGGAUGAAAGAUGACCAGGGAGUAAAUUUCCACGAGGACUGGAAGGUCAUCACGGUGCAGAUUGGAGGCAGUGACUUAUGUGACUACUGCACAGAUUCGAAUCUCUAUUCUGCAGCCAACUUUUUUGCCCAUCUCCGCAAUGCCCUGGACAUCCUGCAUAGAGAGGUGCCCAGAGCCCUGGUCAACCUUGUGGACUUCAUGAGCCCCAGUGUCAUGCGGCAGGUGUUCCUGGGGAGCCCAGACAAGUGCCCGGUGCAGCAGGCCAGUGUCUUCUGUAACUGUGUGCUGACCCCUCGGGAGAACUCCCAAGAGCUGGCCAGAUUGGAGGCCAUCACCAGAGCCUACCAGAGCAGCCUGCGCGAGCUGGUGGAGUCAGGCCGCUACGACACGCGGGAGGACUUCUCCGUGGUGCUGCAGCCCUUCUUCCACAACAUCCGUCUCCCCCUCCUGGAGGAUGGGCGCCCAGAUACGUCUCUCUUCGCCCCGGACUGCAUCCACCCCGGUCAGAAAUUCCACUCCCAGCUCGCCAGAGCCCUUUGGGUCAAUAUGCUUGAACCACUAGGAAAGAAAACUGAUACCCUGGACCUGACAGCAGAUGUAGCCCUCUCCUGCCCCACUCAGAACGAGCCUUUCCUGCGAACGCUCCGGAACAGUAACUAUACUUAUCCCACCAAGCCAACCAUUGAGAACUGGGGCAGUGACUUCCUGUGUACGGGAUGGAGCCCUUCCAGCAGUGUUCCCGCCUCGGUCCACAAGCUCCGACCUGCAGACAUCAAAGUGGUGGCCGCCCUGGGUGAUGCGCUGACGACGGCAGUGGGAGCCCGCCCCAGCAACUCCAGUGACCUGCUCGUGUCCUGGCGGGGGCUGUCCUGGAGCGUUGGAGGGGACGAGGCCUUGGAGACCCACACCACACUGCCCAAUAUUCUGAAGAAGUUCAAUCCUCAAAUAUUCGGGUUCUCCACCGGUACACAAGAGGAGACGGCGGGACUGAAUGUGGCUAUGGAAGGGGCCAGAGCUCGGGACAUGCCAGCCCAGGCCCGGGACCUGGUGGAGCGAAUGAAGAACAGCUCUGAAAUCAACCUGGAGGAAGACUGGAAGCUGAUCACACUCUUCAUUGGGGGCAACGACUUGUGUCAUUACUGCGAGAACCCGGAGGCCUACUCGGCCGGGGAGUACGUUCGGCACAUCCAGCAGGCCCUGGACAUCCUCUACGAGCUUCCCAGAGCUUUCGUCAAUGUGGUGCAGGUCAUGGAGCUGGCUGGCCUGGACCAGGGCCAGGACGGGAAAUGCGACACGCCAUUGGCAGCUCAGAGCAAUUGCACUUGCUUCAGACGCUCCCAGGAGAACAUGUUGGAGAUGCAAGAAUUGAAGCAAGUGAACUGGAACUUUCAGAGUGGCAUCUCCUGGUUCUCCUACUGGCACCAGUACCGGCAGCGUGAGGACUUCACGGUGGUCGUGCAGCCUUUCCUCCAAAACACCCUCGUCCCCCUGAACGAGAGAGGAGGAGCUGACCUCACCUUCUUCUCUGAAGACUGUUUACACUUCUCGGAACGUGGCCACGCCGAGAUGGCCAUCGCACUGUGGAACAACAUGCUGGAACCAGUGGGCCAUAAGACGACCUCCAACAACUUCACUUACAGCCGAACCAAACUCAAGUGUCCCUCCCCUGAGCGCCCUUACCUCCACACCCUGAGGAACAGCCGGCUGCCCCAAGACCAGGCUGCAGCUGACCCUGCGGUGCUCUCCUGGGUUGUACCAGUGGCGGCAGCAGGAGGGGGCCUUGUUGUCGGCGUCGGCACAGUGAUGGCCUGGAGAGCCGUGAGAAGGUGCUGGAGGGAACAUCUUUCAACGAGCUGCUAGGCCCGCCAGCGCUAUGGGGGCUGCUCACCCAAGGUGCCCCCGCCACACCAUUUCUCACCAGCCCUCUUCUACCUCAGCCACUCCCGGCCACCACAGAGAGCCUGGCUUCAACACCUGGUGACGCAGGACCCCGAGAGGACCACCGCAACUCAUUGAAGCCCGGGGCCUACGCUCCUAGAAUUGGCAAAUUUAAAUAACGGCCAAAGCCCUUCCUUCCUUGGGUUAACUUGCUCGAAGCUCUCGCCCUCCACCUGCUCAGGGAGGCAGUCGUGGGAGCUGCCCAAGUGUCAGCCGACCAGAGCCUGGCCAGUCCCUGCCCGGAUCCAGCCCAGCACCAGAGGGACAGCUCCUCAGUCGCCAAACCCACUAUUUCAAAACAGGGACAAUAUUGGUCACCAGGUGGUGGCUGAAGCUUGGGAGCUGGCAGGCCACCAUCCGGUACACUCCAACACACACCUGUCACACACCUGUUUUGUGUCCAGGACAACACAGACACUGCAGUUCCUCUGAGGCUGCGAGGUACCUGACCAAGAAGACAACCCCCUUCGACAGACAAGAAACUUGGUGACUGUGUGAAAUCCAGCCGUGGGACGUGGAUGGGUGAAGGUGUCCGAUUGCUCUCAGACUGGGAGCGGCUGGUUCCGGGGACAAGUUCCCCGUGAGAGGACAUUUCUGAAAUGUCAUUUUUAAAAAGCAAGAGGACUGGAACAUGCAUAAUUCACAUAUCCUCAACCCGAUUUCCUCAAGGAGCUAAGUUUAGGAAAGACUUCCUCCUUCCACAUUACCAGGUUGCUGAGGGAGAGCUGGAGUGUCUCAAGAUCCAGGCCCCCGCUAGGAGCGAGGCCCUGAGCUGGAUGGGCGUCUCGCCAGACCGGUCCUUUCGUCCUGCACAGAAUCCCAGGGAGUGGAGAGGGAAAGAGUUUUGAAAGUGUAAGUGGUGGUUGUGCGGCAUUGUGAAUGUUCUAGAUGGCACUGCCUUUUCGCUUUAAAAUGGCUGAUUGUAAGUCCUGUGAAUUUCACCUCAAUAAAA